CCGGGCGCCAGUGGGCUGGUGGGCGGGGGAGCGAGCUCGCGGCGGAGAGGAGCGUGCGCGAGACUGGGGCGCAGAAGGCGCGCGCGGGGUGUGGCGGGGGCGCCACGCAGAGAGGGGAGCGCCGCCGUAGGCCCACAAGGAUGGAAACGGACUACCUGAAGAGGUGCUUUGGAAACUGCCUGGGCCAGGCACUGGCAGAGGUGGCGAAGGUUCGGCCCAGUGACCCCGUAGAGUACCUGGCUCACUGGCUUUAUCAUUACAGGAAUACCUCUAGAGCAAAAGAAGAGGAUAGCCGAGAGAAGAUCCGGCAGAAGGAAGAAUAUGAUAAUAGUCUCAAAGAAACCGAGAUGACAGAAAUGCUGAAGCAAGAAGAGUGUCAGAUUCAACAGAAGUAUGAUUAGUGUCACCAGCCACUGCUAUCUGUAGCUAGCUCCACAAUGAAGACUGUAUUCAUACAAGAGAACACAAAACCCGUUGAGAAGGAUGGCUUGAGGCAAGAAUCUUUGCCAGGUACUUCCAAUAUGGUUCCCGGAAUGCCUCAAUAGAUUCCUUCUUGAAAGACGUCUGGCCAGGCUGACUGCAGUGUUGAAACUCCACAAGAAAUAAAUUCCUAGGCUUUUCGGCAUAAAAUUGCUCCCAGAAUGCAUCCUGGCUCCAAAUCUCCUUCAGUUAUCAAAAGGUGGCUCAUUCUCACGAUGCUUCUCUCAAAGCUACAAGCUCAGAGAGGGGCCAGCUAGGGCUCUGACCUGAAGAUGGUAACUGUGUGAAUUAAACCAAAAUGUGAGGGACUGUGGAGGGGGGUGUCUGCAGGGACUCUCCAGCCAAAGUUCUGUUCUGAUAGCCAUGAAAACCCCUUAAUCAUGUAAACAUUUCAACUACUGAUAGGAUAAAAUAAACUCAUGAAGAUUUCAAAUAAGUAACCAAAA